UCGAAAAUUGAUUCCGGUAAAACCUAAUAUGUUGGAGGAGGAGAAAAAUGUCUACAGGGCAACGGAGCCUCCCUCUGUAAGCACUGAUCAGCCUCGGUUACAUAAGGAAAGCUUGAAACUGACAUGGAGCAAGUCUGUGCUGUAGGAGAGUCACCAGAGGAGAAAGCCAGCUGCACAACCAACAGAAAGGAGGGUGAGGAAAAUCCUCCAGGAAGCAGUGAUGUUGCAGAAAACCCAUCAGAAGUAGAAGAAAACAGCAAACUGUCGCUGAUCUCCUGGAACGUGGAUGGGCUUGAUGGAGAGGAACAACCUGAGAGAGCGAGAGGCCUCUGCUCUUACCUGACCUUACACUCCCCUGACGUGGUGUUUCUUCAGGAGCUCAUCCCACCGUACAGCCGCUUCAUGAAGAAACGUCUGGCGGACAACUACACCUUCAUUGAAGGUGGUAAGGAGGGUUACUUCAUCGGGAUGAUGCUGAAGAAGUCUCGAAUCACACUGCUGGACAGUGAGAUAGUCGACUAUCCAACCACCCGGAUGAUGAGGAACUUGCUUGUCGCUCAGGUGCUGUUCAAAGGCCAGAAGCUUUGUCUGAUGACGUCCCACUUAGAGAGCUGUAAGCCCAAUGCGGCAGAGCGGAUGAGACAGCUGCGACUGGUGAUGAAGAGGAUGACAGAGGCGCCUGAUGAUGUCACUGUCCUGUUUGGAGGAGACGCCAACCUGAGGGAUUCUGAGGUGGCCAGAGUUGGCCUUCCUGACUGCGUCUGUGAUGUGUGGGAGCAGCUGGGAAAGCCGGAGAAUUGCCGCUACACAUGGGACACCACAAUCAACACCAACAGAGAAAUUCAGUUCAAGUGUCAGUUACGCUUCGACCGGCUUUACCUGCGCCGGGCUUCCAAAGAUGGGGUCCCGCAGCUGGAACCCGACAGCAUGACCUUGAUAGGGCUGGAGAAGCUGAAGUGUGGCUGCUUCACCAGCGAUCACUGGGGGAUCCUCUGUACAUUCUCUGCUGAGUAGAAAUACACAAAACAAGGUUAAAGCCUUUCUGUGUACGUUAUAAUUCUCGUUACAUUUAUUACAAUUAUUCAUUUAUCUGACGCUUUUAUCCACAGCGACUUACAAUUGCUAUAUGUCGUAGGUCACAAACCUCUGGAGCAACUAGGGGUUAAGUGUCUUGCUCAGGGACACAACGGUGAAGGCGUCAGAGUGGGGAAUUGAAAUGUGCAAUCUCUGUCGCUACAGUGAAAGCGUUCUCCUGGAUUCAUCCGAGAUUAGUUUGUAAUUUUUGCGUCAUGAUCUGAUACCUCGAUAUAAAGAGAAGCUCUAACCUGUGUGCUCACGCUGUUUGUCCAAUCAUUUUACUGCUAUUAAAAAUAUUAUUAAAAACAUGAAAAAAUAUUA